AUGGCAACAGCUUCGGUGACUACUCCGAAGAAGAGCCACCAUGGUCUCUUUUCCUCCAAGACAGCGGGAGGUCGAAUGCCCUUGACGCCUUCUCCUCACACUCGCCCGGCUGCUGCCACGCCACAAACAUCGGGUAAUGAAUCACCAUUCACCCCGGUUCGUGGAUCUGAAGCAAUCCGCAGCCAGUCUCAAUCAGUCUACGGCGGAAACUUGUCCUCACUCUUCGCAAAAUCGGCUACUGCCAAAUCUACUAGUAUCAAAUCUUCCACCGCCAAAUUAUCAACUGCAAAGCCUGUAUCUACUGCCAAAUCAUCUCGACCCACCUAUCGCGACUCCCCCAAAUCCAACAUUGCUCGACGAAAGUCACCAAAGCAUCUGGAGCUGGGUGUCUCAGACUGGUCAUUGACCGGUACUGGCCCUUCGUCCACUCAAUCGCCGGCUAAGGAGCGCACUCGCCGUGAAAUUCCGACUCGGUCUCGCGCUGGCAAGACUACUGUGCGGAUUCCUCAUAACACUGGCGAUCGGUUUAUCCCCAACCGCACCGCUAGCGAGGGCCUUGUUACUUCUGGUGCCGCCAAGCCUGAUGAAGGUCAGCGUCCCAAGUCGAGCACAGCAGAGAAUUCGGGCUCAAAUGUCCUUGCCUCCGCUGCUAGUGCCUUUGAUAUCAGCGGCCGUUCAGCAGAAGACGACCUGACUUCUGCUUUGGAGAGCAUGGGUCUGGAAGACAAUGAAUCAUCCACUUAUACUCGUCCGGCGCCCGAUAAGGUUGCAUACGAGUCUUCUCUGGCUAACGCCUGCGAUAUCAACUUGAACACCCGUAUUCUUGCCUUCAAGCCUCCUCCUCCAGAGUCCUCUAAACCCAUUGAUCUUCGUGCUCAGUACAACCGUCCUCUGCGUCCUGCCAAAUCGAACAACGCCCAGUUCCGUCGUCGUGUUCAGACCGCACCUGAGCGAGUAUUGGAUGCCCCAGGUCUCUUGGAUGAUUAUUAUCUCAACUUGCUGGACUGGAGCUCUGGAAACCAGGUCGCUAUUGGCCUGGAGCGCAAUGUCUAUGUUUGGUCUGCUGAGACUGGGACCGUCAACUGCUUGCUAGAAACAUCUCCUGACACCUACGUGAGCAGUGUGAAGUGGAGUGGUGACGGUGCGUAUGUUGGAGUUGGCCUGGGCACUGGUGAGGUACAAAUUUGGGACGUUGAGGAGGGUAGUAAGCUCCGCAGCAUGCACGGUCACGACACUCGGGUCGGAGUCAUGGGUUGGUCUAAGCACACUCUGUCCACCGGCGCCCGGAGUGGCCUCGUUUUCAACCACGAUGUUCGUAUUGCUGAGCACAAGGUAGCCGAGCUUGUCUCGCACACUUCAGAGGUCUGUGGCUUGGAAUGGCGUUCAGAUGGUGCUCAACUGGCCACUGGUGGCAACGACAACCUGGUCAACAUUUGGGAUGCUCGCUCCCUCAGUGCUCCCAAGUUCACCAAAACAAACCAUCGCGCGGCUGUCAAGGCACUCAGCUGGUGCCCAUGGCAGCUCAACCUCCUGGCCACCGGAGGCGGUUCCUACGAUCGUCACAUCCACUUUUGGAACACAACCACUGGUGCCCGUACCAACAGCAUCGACACCGGCUCCCAGGUCACCAGCCUUCGUUGGAGCAACCACUACCGCGAGAUUGUCAGCUCCAGCGGUUUCCCUGAUAACUCCCUCAGCAUCUGGAGCUACCCAACCCUGGUGCGCAAUGUGGAAAUCCCUGCACACGAGACCCGCGUACUUCACAGCAGUCUGAGCCCGGAUGGGCAGAUGUUGGCUACCACGGCAGCAGACGAAAGCCUGAAGUUCUGGAAGGUCUUUGAGCGCAAGCCUGGCAGUAGUGCUUCUGCUUCUCGCGAAGGCGGUGUCAGCAGCAAGGCGCAACUUACAAAGGCUAUGACCAUCCGGUGA